AUAAAGGAAAUAAUUAUCCAUUUAUUCUCUUAUGGUAUUUAUACCAAAGAUACAUUUUUAGGCAAUACAUAUAUAUUAAUACUAUUUUGGUAACGAUCGAUGCAUUUUUGGUGGCAUAAACUUCUGCCAAAUGCAUCUCCCACACUUUGAACUUUUCCAUCAGAGAUUUCAGGAAAGAACUGAAACAGAUUCUGAUGACUGAAUUGGCUCCAACAGUUCGUCUCAACACAGGAAUUUUAAAAGAAGAUAUGGAGAGGAAGGACUGUAGCAAUGGAACUUUGUAUUUUGAUCUCAACACAGGUGCUAAGAUACCAUCUAUUGGUCUUGGUACCUGGAAAGCUCCUCCGGGUGUCGUCAGUGAAGCUGUGAUCGCUGCAGUCAAGGCUGAUUAUAGGCAUAUUGACUGUGCUAGCGUAUACGGUAACGAAAAAGAGGUAGGGGAAGCAUUGAAGUUAUUGUUUUCUACUAGUGUCGUGAAGCGAAGUGAGAUGUUCAUCACAUCUAAGCUCUGGUGCAGUGACCAUGCUCCAGAAGAUGUAUCAAAGGCACUGACAAAAAGUCUAGAAGACCUGCAACUAGACUACAUUGACUUGUACCUUAUACAUUGGCCAUUUCGAAUGAAGCCCGGAUCAAGCGGGUGGGAUCCUGAAAUCAUGGCUCCCUUGUGUCUUCCAGAGACGUGGACUGCAAUGGAGGGCUUGUAUGCAUCAGGCCAAGCAAGGGCAAUUGGGGUAAGCAAUUUCUCAACCAAGAAACUGCAGGACCUACUCACAUAUGCAAAAAUACCUCCUGCAGUGAAUCAAGUGGAGUGUCACCCUGUAUGGCAGCAACCAGUACUUCACAACUUCUGCAAAUCAAUCGGUGUACACCUUUCGGCAUAUUCGCCGCUGGGAUCACCGGGGUCUUGGAUUAAGGGAGAGAUUCUGAAGGAAUCAGUAAUGAUUGAGAUUGCUGAAAAGCUUAAUAAGUCACCGGCUCAAGUUGCUCUCCGCUGGGGUAUUCAGAGUGGUCACAGUGUCCUCCCUAAGAGCACAAAUGAGUCUAGGAUCAAGGAAAACAUAAGCUUACUUGAUUGGUGUAUUCCUCCUGAGCUUUUCUCUAAGUUCUCAGAUAUCCACCAGCAACGGCUUCUUCGGGGCGAUUUUGCCAUCCAUGAAACCUGCAGCCCCUAUAAAAGCCUCCAAGAACUGUGGGAUGGUGAAAUAUGAGACAUGAGGAGAUAACUAUGUUUUCUAUUUAUUUGUUCAGACAAGGAGGGAAAAAAUGUAUUCACACAAUGCACACUAAGCCACUUAAUUUGAAGUUGCAGUUCAUGAAGAACAAUUAUUCCUAUGAUUUCCAUAAAACUUUUGGAUUUGGGUA